AUGAUAAAAUGUAUAAUAAUCGCAAUAAUAAUAAAAUUAAUAAAUACAUUACCAUAUUGUAGUGAUAUUAAUAUUAAUAAACCUUGUAUAUAUAAUGGUCCAAUACAAAAGAGAAUAUUUGUAUUGAAAUCAUUAACACCAAAUGAGAAUAAAACAACAGAAGAAAUAAAUGAAGAAAAUUGGCAUAAUGUAAAUAAAGGAUUUAUACAUUAUUUUUAUCGUUCUUCCGUUACGGGGUCAGGUCCAACAGCAAGUAAUGGACCUAAGGAAGCUGUUACUGAGGAUAGUAGUACAGUUGGACCAAACACCGUUACUGAGGAAAAUACUAGUACCCCGGGAAAGGGAGCUAAUUCUAUGCCUAUGGAAUGUAAUAGUAGUAAUAUUGAGGAAUACCCCUCCGGGGUUGGCCGUGGACCUCACUCCGUAACGGGAAAAACCAAAUUAAUAAAUAUAAAAUUACAUAAUGGUAUAUUAAUACCACAUUUAAGACAUGUACAAUAUGCAUUGAAUAUGGGUGUUGGUACACCAAAACAAGAAAUAAAUCCAAUAAUAGAUACGGGUAGUACAAAUACUUGGGUAAUAUCACAAAAUUGUAUAUCAAAUACUUGUGAAGGUGUUGCAUCAUUUAAUAGUAAAAAAUCGGAAACUUUUAAUCCUAUAAAUGAAGGAUUAAAAAUUAAAUUUGGUACUGGUAUUAUUAAAGGUGUUUUAGGUAUUGAUAAUAUUACUAUUGGUAAUGAUAUUAUUAAACAACAAAUUUUUGGUCUUGUUAAUGAAGAAAAUUCUAAUAUUUUUAAUGUAAUAAAAUUUCAAGGUAUAAUUGGAUUAGGAUUUCCUAAAUUAGCAUUUGAUCAUCAUACAUCACUUUAUGAUAAUUAUUCUAAACAAAUUAAUGCAGAUUUAAUCUUUUCAUUAUAUUUCUCAAAUCAAUAUUCAUAUUUAAUGAUGGGUGGUAUUGAUAAAAGAUUUUAUAAAGGAGAUUUAUAUAUGUUACCAGUAAUUAGAGAAUUAUAUUGGGAAAUUAAAUUAUAUGAAUUAUGGAUUGGUAAUAUUAAAUUAUGUUGUAAUAAUGAAUCUUAUAUUAUUUUCGAUUCUGGUACUUCAUUUAAUACUAUGCCACAUACUGAAUUUUUAUUAUUUAAACAAUAUAUUAAACCCAAAUAUUGUAAUGGAUUAGAAAAUAUAUAUGAAGAAUAUCCAAUAAUAAAAUAUAAAUUAGAAGGUGGUAUUGAAAUAAAUAUAGAACCACAAGAAUAUAUAUUUCUUCAUAAAGAUAAAUGUCGUAUUGCUUAUAUGCAAAUUGAUGUACCAUCAAGUUAUGGACGUGCAUUUAUACUUGGUACACAAGCUUUUAUGACACAUUAUUAUACUGUUUAUCAAAGACAACCACCUAUGGUACGUUACGGUGCUUGCUCCAACAGCAACAGCACCAAAACGGGUUCACUAACUCCCCAAAGGGGCUUCUUAACCUCUGAGAGGGGUCUCUUUAGUUAUACUAGUUAUUUACCCUUAGUAGUUAUAUACCUACAGUAUUUAGUUCUCUUUCCAGGGUCUAUUUAG